CCUCCGCCGGGCAGGGAUCCGGGGCGGGUCGCGCACGCCGGGCCCGGGCUGCGCGCGCCCUGUGGCGGCGAGGACCCCUCCCCCACCCUCGCCAGUCCCAGCAGCCCGCGCCCGGCCGAGGGGAGGGACAGCGCGCCGCCCUGCGCCGAGACCCCGGACCCCGGCUGCAGCGCGGGGCGGGGCCGCGGCGCCCCCCACCCUCCGGCCACCUGCGCGGCGGCGGCUCCCGCGCUCUGGCGAGGCUGGGCGCGGCGCCGCUCCGGUCCCCGCGGCCGAGCCAGGUGCGCGCGGCCGCCGGCCCUCCCCUGGGAGCUCCGACCCGCCCGGACUCGCCGAGCUGCAGCCCGAGCCAGCUCAGGAGAUCUCUCCAGUCUCUGUGCCUUGGCCCGCUGGAGCCCCGAGGGAGCCCGUUGUAAGAAGCCUUUCUGCGGGCUCAGGCUGCCAGGACCUCUGACAUAGGGCAGCCAUGCCGCGCAGCCCGACAUCCAGCGAGGACGAGAUGGCCCAGAGCUUCUCCGACUACUCCGUGGGGUCGGAGUCCGACAGCUCCAAAGAAGAGACCAUCUACGACACCAUCCGGGCCACCGCGGAGAAGCCGGGCAGCGCCAGGACGGAGGAGGGCCAGGGUAACACGUUGGUGAUCCGCGUCCUCAUCCAGGACCUGCAGCAGACGAAAUGCAUUCGAUUUAACCCGGACGCGACGGUGUGGGUUGCAAAGCAGCGGAUUCUGUGUUCACUGAGCCAGAGCCUGAAGGACGUCCUGAACUACGGGCUGUUCCAGCCGGCGAGCAACGGGCGCGACGGCAAGUUCCUCGACGAGGAGCGGCUCCUGCGAGAGUACCCGCAGCCCACGGGCAAGGGCAUCCCGUCCCUGGAGUUUCGAUACAAGAAGCGGGUGUAUAAGCAAGCCAAUCUGGACGAGAAGCAGUUGGCCAAGCUGCACACAAAGACCAAUCUGAAAAAAUGCAUGGAUCAUAUUCAGCACCGUGCAGUGGAGAAGAUCGUCAAGAUGCUGGAACGAGGCCUGGAUCCGAAUUUCCAUGACCUGGAGACUGGAGAGACCCCGCUGACCUUAGCCGCUCAGCUGGACGACUCCGUGGAGGUGAUCAAAGCCCUCAGAAACGGUGGGGCGCACCUGGACUUCCGCGCCAGAGACGGGAUGACGGCCCUGCACAAAGCCGCGCGAACCAGGAACCAAGUGGCCCUGAAGACCCUUUUAGAGCUUGGAGCAUCCCCGGAUUACAAAGACAGUUACGGCCUCACGCCACUGUAUCACACGGCGAUCGUGGGCGGGGACCCCUGCUGCUGUGAGCUCCUGCUGCACGAGCACGCUGCGGUGUGCUGCAAGGAUGAGAACGGCUGGCACGAGAUCCACCAGGCCUGCAGGUAUGGACACGUGCAGCACCUGGAGCACCUGCUCUUCUACGGGGCGGAUAUGGGUGCCCAGAACGCCUCGGGAAACACCGCCCUGCACAUCUGCGCCCUGUACAACCAGGACAGCUGUGCGAGGGUGCUGCUCUUUCGAGGCGGAAAUAAGGAAUUGAAAAACUACAACAGCCAGACUCCGUUCCAGGUGGCCAUCAUAGCGGGCAACUUCGAGCUGGCGGAAUACAUCAAGAACCACAAGGAAACGGACAUCGUCCCCCUUGUACCAACCAGGAGGACUGUCUCCCGGGCUCCCCCUCUCUCCCAUCGCCCCGCCGGCGGCUGGGCCCGGUCUUGCAUCUUGGAAGACCCCGCUGGCCUGUUUCCUCCAGCCCCGGGCUUACACAGGACCUGCAGCGGGGAGCAGUCUGAUUGGACCAGCAGCGUGCCCUUCCGAGAGGCUCCGGCGUACUCCAACCGCAGGAGGCGGCCCCCCAACACGCUGGCCGCGCCCCGGGUCCUGCUGCGCUCCAACAGCGACAACAACCUCAACGCCAGCACGCCCGAGUGGGCCGUCUGCUCCGCCGCCUCCCACCGCAGCCUCUCGCCCCAGCUGCUGCAGCAGCUGCCCAGCAAGCCCGAUGGGGCCGUGAAGACCAUCGGGAGCUACACCCCUGGGCCCCGCAGCCGGUCCCCGUCGCUCAACAGGCUUGGCGGCGCCGGCGAGGAUGGCAAGAGGCUCCAGCAGCCUUGGCACAUUGGGCCCACCUUCCCGCCUGGUGCCCACAAGGACGUGCUCUCGGCCUUCGAGUACCCGGGGCCCAAGCGGAAGCUCUACAGUGCGGUGCCCGGGCGGCUCUUCGUUGUCGUCAAGCCAUACCAACCCCAGGUCGACGGCGAGAUCCCCCUUCACCGUGGCGACAGGGUCAAAGUUCUGAGCAUCGGCGAAGGGGGCUUCUGGGAAGGCAGUGCCCGUGGCCACAUCGGAUGGUUCCCGGCCGAGUGCGUGGAAGAAGUCCAGUGCAAGCCCAAGGACAUCCAGGCAGAAACUCGUGCAGACCGCAGCAAGAAGCUCUUCAGGCAUUACACGGUUGGCUCGUAUGACAGCUUCGAUGCCUCCAGUGACUGCAUCAUCGAGGAGAAGACGGUGGUCCUGCAGAAGAAAGACAAUGAGGGCUUUGGAUUUGUGCUCCGAGGGGCGAAAGCGGAUACGCCCAUUGAGGAAUUCACGCCCACGCCAGCGUUCCCAGCCCUGCAGUACCUGGAGUCCGUGGAUGAAGGUGGGGUGGCAUGGCAAGCCGGACUGAGGACUGGGGACUUCUUGAUUGAGGUUAACAAUGAGAACGUCGUGAAGGUCGGCCACCGGCAGGUAGUGAGCAUGAUCCGCCAGGGAGGGAAUCACCUCGUCCUCAAGGUGGUCACGGUGACCAGGAACCUCGACCCCGAUGACACCGCCAGGAAGAAAGCUCCCCCGCCGCCAAAGCGCGCGCCCACCACGGCCCUCACCCUGCGCUCCAAGUCCAUGACCUCGGAGCUGGAGGAGCUCGUGGAUAAAGCCUCCGUCCGGAAGAAGAAGGACAAACCAGAUGAGAUAGUCCCCGCCUCCAAGCCAUCCCGAACCGUCGAGAACGUGGCCGUGGAGUCCAGGGUGGCCACCAUCAAGCAGCGGCCCACCAGCCGGUGCUUCCCGUCCGUCUCUGACAUGAACUCUGUGUACGAACGCCAGGGGAUCGCCGUGAUGACACCCACUGUUCCUGGGAGCCCGAAAGGCCCAUUUCUGGGCCUCCCUCGAGGUACGAUGCGAAGGCAGAAAUCAAUAGACAGCAGAAUCUUUCUAUCAGGAAUAACAGAGGAAGAGCGACAGUUCCUGGCCCCUCCCAUGCUGAAGUUCACCAGAAGCCUGUCCAUGCCGGACACCUCGGAGGACAUCCCCCCCCCACCGCAGUCCAUACCCCCGUCUCCACCACCACCUUCCCCCACUGCCUACAACUGUCCCAAGUCCCCAACUCCAAGAGUCUAUGGGACGAUUAAGCCUGCGUUCAAUCAGAACUCCGCUGCCAAGGUGUUGCCGGCGGCGCGCUCUGACACGGUGGCCACCAUGAUGAGAGACAAGGGGCUGUACUACAGGAGAGAGCUGGACCGCUACUCCCUGGACUCCGAGGACCUCUACAGCCGCAACGCCGCCGCCCAGGCCAACUUCCGCAACAAGAGGGGCCAGAUGCCCGAAAACCCAUACUCGGAGGUGGGCAAAAUCGCCAGCAAAGCCGUCUACGUGCCCGCCAAGCCCGCCAGGCGGAAGGGCAUGCUGGUGAAGCAGUCCAACGUGGAGGACAGCCCUGAGAAGACGUGCUCCAUCCCAAUCCCCACCAUCAUCGUCAAGGAGCCCUCCACCAGCAGCAGCGGGAAGAGCAGCCAGGGCAGCAGCAUGGAGAUCGACCCCCAGGCUUCGGAGCAGCCGGGCCAGCUGCGGCCUGACGACGGCCUGGCCGUCAGCAGCCCCUUCGCUGCCGCCAUCGCUGGGGCUGUCCGAGACCGGGAGAAGCGGCUGGAAGCCAGGAGGAACUCCCCGGCCUUCCUCUCCACGGACCUGGGGGACGAAGACGUGGGGCUGGGGCUGCCCGCCCCCCGGAUGCUGCCCUCCAACUUCCCCGAGGAGGGUGGGUUUGGCGAGGAGGAUGGCGCCGAGCAGCUGUCACCGCCCACGUCAGGGGCAGUGCCCAGGGAGCCCGAGAACCAUUUUGUGGGUGUCGGUGAGGCCGGAGCUCAGGGUGAGGCCGGCAGGCCACUGAAUUCCACGUCCAAAGCCAAGGGGCCCGAGAGCAGCCCCACGGUGCCCCCCAAGAGCAGCAACGCGGCUGGCCCCGAGAACUACGUGCACCCGCUCACAGGGCGGCUGCUGGACCCCAGCUCCCCGCUAGCCCUGGCGCUUUCUGCAAGGGACCGAGCCAUGAAGGAGUCCCAGCAGGGCCCCAAGGGGGAGGCCCCCAAGGCCGACCUCAACAAACCUCUCUACAUCGAUACCAAAAUGCGGCCCAGCGUGGAGGCGGGCUUCCCCACGGUAACCAGGCAGAACACUCGGGGGCCCCUGAGACGGCAGGAGACGGAGAACAAGUAUGAGACGGAGCUGGGCAAGGACCGGAAGGGCGACGACAAGAAGAACAUGCUGAUCGACAUCGUGGACACGUCGCAGCAGAAGUCGGCCGGCCUGCUAAUGGUCCACACCGUGGACGCUGCCCGGUCGGACGACUUUCUGGAGGAAGAGGAUGAGAAGGCCGACAUGGAAACAAAGCCAGACAGCUCGCCCACCGAGGUGCCAGAAGGCGUUCCUGAAACCGAAGGUGCUUUACAGAUCUCCGCCGGCCCCGAGCCCGCCAACGCUGCCGCGCCCGGCAGGACCAUUGUGGCGGUGGGCUCCAUGGAGGAGGCGGUGAUUUUGCCAUUCCGCAUCCCCCCUCCCCCUCUGGCAUCCGUGGACCUGGACGAGGAAUUUAUUUUUACAGAGCCAUUGCCUCCUCCCCUGGAAUUUGCCAAUAGUUUUGAUAUCCCCGACGACCGCGUCGCUUCUGUCCCUGCUCUCACAGACUUGGUCAAGCAGAAAAAAAACGACGCCUCCCAGCCCCCUUCGUUGAACUCCAGCCAACCCACCAACUCUGCAGAUAGCAAGAAGCCGGCCGGUCUUUCAAACUGUCUGCCUGCCUCAUUCCUGCCGCCCCCCGAAAGCUUUGACACUGUCACGGACUCUGGGAUCGAGGAGGUGGACAGCCGGAGCAGCAGUGACCACCAUCUCGAGACGACCAGCACCAUCUCCACAGUGUCCAGCAUCUCCACCCUGUCCUCCGAAGGCGGGGAGAACGUGGACACCUGCACAGUCUAUGCAGAUGGGCAAGCAUUUAUGGUUGACAAACCCCCAGUACCUCCUAAGCCAAAAAUGAAGCCCGUAAUUCACAAAAGCAAUGCACUUUAUCAAGACGCGCUCGUGGAAGAGGAUGCGGAUAGCUUUGUUAUCCCCCCGCCGGCCCCCCCACCGCCGCCGGGUGGUGUCCAGCCCGGGACAAUCAAGGUUAUCCAGCCAAGGACCUCCAAGUUGUGGGGUGAUGUCUCGGAGAUCAAAAGUCCGAUUCUCUCAGGCCCAAAGGCGAAUGUGAUUAGUGAAUUGAACUCAAUCUUGCAGCAAAUGAACCGAGAGAAGUCGGCAAAGCCUGGGGAAGGACUGGAUUUGCCGACGGGAACCAAGCCUGCCAGCCUCGCUCCAAGAAGCCCAGAGGUCAUGAGCACCAUCUCAGGUACACGGAGCACGACGGUCACCUUCACUGUUCGCCCUGGGACCUCCCAGCCCAUCACCCUGCAGAGCCGGCCCCCAGACUACGAAAGUAGGACCUCAGGAACAAGACGCGCCCCGAGCCCUGUGGUCUCGCCAACAGAGAUGAACAAAGAGACCCUGCCUGCCCCCCUGUGCGCUGCCGCUGCAUCUCCUUCUCCCGCUCUCUCGGAUGUCUUCAGCCUUCCAGGCCAGCCGCCCUCCGGGGACCUCUUUGGCUUGAACCCAGCGGGACGCAGCAGGUCGCCGUCCCCGUCGAUACUGCAACAGCCAAUCUCAAAUAAGCCUUUCACAACUAAACCUGUCCACCUGUGGACUAAACCAGAUGUGGCGGAUUGGCUGGAAAGUCUAAACUUGGGUGAACAUAAAGAGACCUUCAUGGACAAUGAGAUCGAUGGCAGUCACCUACCAAACCUUCAGAAGGAAGACCUAAUAGACCUUGGGGUGACUCGAGUCGGGCACCGAAUGAACAUAGAAAGGGCUUUGAAACAGCUGCUGGACAGAUAAGGGCGGCUGCUCUUUCCCUUCACAGACUUUGUUAUAAGUAGAGAUGGGCUUAUACUGAAAUGUUUGGAUGGCCAAGCAAGGUCUGUGAGCACCAACCCCAUUCCACGGGUUUGUCUCCUGGUACCCAAAGAAAGGCGGGGCGUGUCCAUGGUGCGGCUGGGUGAAGGCCUGGAAACUCCCCAGCUCUCUUGUGGGUUUCUUAGGCUGUUUCUGUGCAACAGGGGCCGGGGGAGGGAGUUUUUCUAACACAGAAAGAGAUUCACAGCUUGCCUCCCAGCAUGCAGGUGCCCUCACUUUGCCAGGUCCAAGGGACUCCCCCGUUGGUUUAGCACGGGACCCCUGCUCUUGCAGGCAGACACCAGUGUGCUCUCGAUACCUCCUGAGCCCUCCCUCCUCCGCCCUCCGGGCAGCUCUCGCCCCAGCCCCGCACGAGGCCUCUCCUCGGCCCGUGCCUCCCGGAGGGCACCAGUGCUCACUUGCUCCUCUCUUCCCUGUACUCUGCUUACAGCAAGACACCCCCAGACUUGUUUGUCCGGUGCACGUUCUCGGGCCUGAAAGGUAGAGCAGCUUUUUUCCUGCAGCUUCCUCCCCCGUCUCCUGCGAUGUGCAUCCGUGGCUCUCUGGCCAUGAGGUUCUUGGCAGGGAUGGGGAGUCUGAACGGGAUCGUGCUCGGCUUUGCUUAGCUUUCUUUCUUUAUUUCUGCAAAUCUAUUAGCAUAAUUCCAAAGUGGCCAAACAGAUGUCACAUGGAGUUAGUCAAAGCACAAAGUCACGAUUCCCAGGAGGCGGGGAGACCUGGCCAUGGGAACCAGCCAGUGCGCAGCUGCCUGGGUCCAAAGUCUCCCCAAGGAUGAGAGCAGCAGUCUGCCAGGAGUCUCUCCACGACUGUGAGAAGGGGGCUCUCUGCCUUUUGGGAUUCUUUAAAACAACGUUGUGCUGAAUUCUGCAAAGAUCAGAGCAGGGGAGCAUGCACUUUGACUUGAGGGACAAGGCCCGAGGGUACUGAUGGGCUUGUGCUGCUGCCAGGAGCCUGGGGGGCAGUGACUUCCGUUCUGCGCCCGGCCAAGGGUAAGGUGGCCGCUGAGACGGCCCUCCUGCUCUCUGAGGCCAGGCAGGGGGCGCUUAGGGGCUUGUCCCUUUGUCUCGGAGUGUCCAGGAACCCCACCAGCUUGUCUUAAUAGUGCAGCCGGUUUUCUGAGAACCCAGCGGGUAUGGCGUACAGACAGGGCCCAGGGUUGAGAACAGAAGGUGGGCUGCAGGGUGAGGGCGCAGAGCAGAGCGAUGAAGACAGGAAGGAGCAGGGAGGUGUCCUGAGCGCCGUCUUGCCUCUCUGGCAUUUCGUGAGACCUGCCCCGUUCCUGUUCCUAGAGCCCCCGACCCCGGAACAAUGCCUCUGGUUUCCAAAGGAGGUCGCCAGUUGCACAUGGGCCGCAAAACAUCCAGUCAGGCUUCCAGCACAUUCUCCCACGUUUGGAAGAAACUCGAAUGUCAGGUUUUUGGCUUUUAUUAUGAUUUCAGAACUAGCCUAGCCCAUCUCUAAUUAUAAAAACAUGAUUUUUUUUUCCUUCUUUUUCUUUAUGCUCACAAUCAAGUGUCUGAUUAGGUCUGAAACAGCUCUAGAAUGAACACGUAAAAUUUAGCAAUUUCAACUCUCUUUCUUUACUGCAAGUUUAAAUAGUUGUACAGAUAGUUUAUAAGCACAAUAUUUUAAGAAAAAAAAAGUGGCUGGCCUACAAGGCAGCCUUUGUGCCACUUCAGUGCUAGAAAGUUAAAGAAAAAACUUUUGUGAUUUAAUACUACUAUUUCUGUGGAAUAAUGAUAAAAGUCUGACCUUUUUAAAUCACCCUUAUUUGGAUGCAUCGGAACCAGCAGAGCUGUGUCAUAUUUUCUAUCUUUGCUAGAACUUCGUCAUCGGAGGACAAUUAUUUCUUCAAAUGUGGCUACAAUUCACAAUGCAGCAGUUUCUCCAAACACACACACGCACCACACACACAGUGUUUCCAGCCACGUGCCCCUGAACUGGAAACCGAGUUUUGGAUCUCCUUCUGUUCCAAAACCUCCUGCAGGUCAGUCUUGGUAAGUGAACGAUCCAGUCCAACUCGAAGUCAGUUGAGUAUUAAGGCGCUUUCCUUCCAUGUACUCUCAAUUUUUCCAUCGUGUGGUGAAUGCUAUUACUUUAGAGAAAUUUCAAGCCAAGAUACCACAGGUGGCCUGCUGAGGCUGCCCGAGAUUUCAGAAAACGUAACAAUGGGGGUUUGGCCAUUAUUUGUCUUCCAUUUGGUGGUAGUGCAAAAUUCAGUGCAUAUGCCCUUCACCGUGGCUCGCUCUUCGUUGCCUGCUGUUGGUUUGACCUUGCUGCUCAGUGCCAGGCAACGUGCUCUAGACAGAAUGAGGGUAAAGGAAACCCCUGGUAGGUUGUAACCAAUCGCAAUUCGGUGGCUUUAGGUUUACUGGACUGGGAGCCAGUGGGAGAGAGCUGGCCGUUACUCCCUUCCUUAAAGAGACUUCCAAGUCACAUGCAACUAACCAGAAGCAAGCAGACGUAAGGACUAAAGAGCUGAGGAAACCGUUUAUCUUGACCUGUAUUACCAUAGAGAAGUCAUAGACCCGUGAGAACCUGCACUGACAACAAAAUACACACACGUUGCCGAGAGGAGUCAGCCUCCGGCUCCAUUCGAUGAUUCUGCUAUGGAAAGCAAUAGUUCCUCAUUCCCAUUGCUGCCCACUGUCCUCCCCCCUUGGGACGUGUUAGGACCAGGCCCUGUCCCGUGCCCCUCUUUUAACGGUGGAACAAAUGUUAACUGCUCAUAUGAAGAUCAUGUUAAUACUAUUCCAGGUUUUAAGAUCAACUUUUGUUAUAUACUGUAAUUUAAAUAAAUUGCAUUUACAUGCCUAGUUUCUGUAACAUUGUGUAUACAAAACCAAAAUCUCUCGAGAUGUAAAUUACGUAGACCUGCCAAGAUACCUUCUCCAGGGUGUCCGCACACUUUAAGUUCAUUCAUAAUAUAAAAAUGACUCAGUGUGACUGUUGAUUUGUUAAACUUUACAUAUCACAAAGUGAAUUAUUUGUGGUUCUUUGGUUAAUAAAAUGGUGAUUUUUUUUUCUGAGUUAUUGAACAAGCAAGCAUUACCCAGGUGAUCUGACAAUGACUUUUUGUGUGUGGGCCACAAAUACUGAUUUUUCCCAUUAACGAAUUUUUUUUGUUUUUUAGAAAUUAGUCUGUUUCACACUACAGUUUGUGUAACAUGUGUUCGCAUUAUCUAUGUUGCUGUUACUUUUGUGCUUUUAUUCUUUUUAGAUUUUAUUAAAAUACAACAACAACAAUCAAGCCCCUGUAAUUUGCACUUUCUCCCAAUCCUUAAAUCUCUUGUAUGGCAACCAAAAUUACUGUAAAAAAAAAAUAAAUAUACUAUUGCACUAAG